CAAAAUUCAAACCCCAAGUACAAACGACGUCGUUCCCCACAUAAUCAAGUCCCUAAAACCCUUGUUUUCUCCCCUCUUCCUCAUAAACCCUAUAAUCACCACCAAAAAAGAAAACCACAAACCUCCAAAGAAAGAAAAAAGCAUCAUCUAAUUAUUCAUCAAUGGAGCAAAGUGAGCAAGUAGCAAAAGCAUUUGUAGACCAUUACUACACAACUUUUGAUACAAAUCGUGCAGGUUUAAGCAAUUUGUACCAAGAAAAUUCCAUGUUAAGUUUUGAAGGUCAAAAGUUUUUAGGUGGCCAAAACAUUGUUGGUAAGCUUACUAGUCUACCCUUUGAGCAGUGUAAACAUUCCAUUACUACCAUUGAUUGCCAGCUUUCUGGCCCCAAUGGUACUACUCUUAUCGUAUUUGUUAGCGGCAAUCUUCAGCUUGCUGGUGAGCAGCAUCCUCUCAAGUUCAGUCAGAUGUUUUAUCUGCUGCCAACUCCACAGGGAAGCUUUUAUGUGCAGAAUGACAUAUUCCGGCUGAAUUAUGCAUAAAUCUACAAUCUUAAGUUGAGUUUCAGGUGGAAACAUCACAAAUAAGUUUAUGUAGUACUAGUAUCUACCUACUAGAUCAAAGUUGCUCUUUUUUUUUUGCUAUUGUUUAGAGUUAUAGCUUGAUUUACAAACAUAGCCAAAGAAGAAGAUUGUAAUGAUAGUUGUUGUAAGCUAUAAUUAUCUCUACCAAGGAGUUUUUGGACGCACUUUUUAUUUCCUUAAUUGCAGUUUAGUUACUCAGAGUCAGAUUAUAA